AUGUCUUCAAAACCACCUAGAAGUCCCUAUAUUUCUUCUCGUCAAGCUCUUAGUCCAUCGCCCAGUGCUCAUCCCUGGUCAUCUUCCUCUGCGGCCAAAACUCCUGUCGAUUCCAGACCUACUUCGCCCACGCAGUCUGUCAAUUCUAUGGCGUUGGAAGAUGUCCUUGCAGCUGGAGAUAUCGUUGGUGAAGGUGCCACUUUACAAGACGAAACGAUUACACUGGUUUCAAUUGGCGAUCCCGUCUCUGUUCGGUCAGAAACGCCCGACUACGAGCAACCGGCAAAGGAAUUCGAAGUGGUCAGACGUCUUGGUGCUGGGAGUUAUGCUGUUGUAUAUUUAGUUUGUGAGGUUUUGUAUCGUCCCCCUCCAUCUGAGGAUGGUCACACGUUUGGCACGUUGGACCUUGACGACGUGUCCAGCCAACGUCCCAAGACGGUUUAUGGACGUGAAUAUGCGCUCAAGUGUCUUUCGAAGGCAAACCUUGACGAGGAAGCUUUGGCGGCACAAAUGUCAGAGGUGACGAUUCAUCAAUCCCUCCAUUCGCAUCCGAACAUUGUUACUCUCCAUCGGACCCUCGAAACGCCCUCUUUACUUCUUCUUCUUCUGGAAUACGUUCCAGGCGAGGACUUGUUCUAUUUCCUCGAACAAGCUCGCGAUCAUUACGAGGCCGAGUCCCCUGGCUCUACUGACUCGUCCUCAUGCUCUUCUCGUACUCCUCCCACUCCCAGCCUUCUCUCCAACAUGAAUCCUGCUCAGCAGCUUUCCCGUACGCGGCUUCGUCUCAUCUCAUCAAUGUUUUCGCAGAUGUGCGAUGCUGUUGCAGCUUGCCACGAACAGCAUGUCUUUCAUAGGGAUAUCAAGCCUGAGAACUUCAUUGUUACCGACGGCUGGGAUACGCUCCCUGACGGGACCCAGGAGCGCAAAGUUGUUGUGAAACUUACCGAUUUUGGCUUGUCGACAACCGACGCUCAGUCGUCCGACAUGGACUGCGGCAGCGCUCCAUACAUGAGCUACGAGUGUAGAAACAAUUUGGCGCCGACAUACCGUCCUCGUGCAGCAGAUGUAUGGUCUCUUGGCAUUGUAUUGAUCAACAUGCUGUACCACUGUAACCCUUGGACAGACACCGCUCACGGAGCCUGCGGCUCUUUCAGCCAAUUCCUUCGAGACCCAGUUAACUUUUUUAUGUACCGCUUUGCUGGUAUGACUCAACACGUAGCAGAUGUACUAGCCCACAAAGUGUUCAACAUUCUUGACGACCCCGAGGACGACUCGAAGCGCAUCUCAGCAUCUGGUUUUGGAACUUGGGUACGCGACCUACCUGACCUGCUUGCUGACGACCCCAAGCCCAGGAAGGGCCAUCAACGCAAUGUUUCAAUCAGUAGUGCCACUCAAGGCUUCUCCAUUUCCGCCUCGACGCCCAUGUCUCACCGUCCCCAAUCCCGACAAGCGUCUGGUAGUACGACCGUACGAACACCAGCCAUACCUUCCCGUUCGUUGUCUCGUGCUCCUUCCCUCGGUCCUGCUUACGAGCAUCCGGGAGCUUCUGAACUUUCGACCGUCUUUGAUCAAGAAAUUGAGGUCGAAGAGGUUGAAGCCAGGAAAUAUGAGGAUCGGGAAGAAUGCGCAGAUGUAAUUUCCGAAGAAGGUCUGAACUCUAGGUCUCAAUCUGCUCACAAGCGUAGGAAACGCGGUGCAAGGAAGGGCAAAGGCGCGGCCACGGCCCCCAACACACCGAAAGAUGAAACGCUAGCUACUCUCGCUGUUGCCUCACAAUCUUUGGCGCGGGAGAUCAGCAAAACGUCAAAGCUUUCUGGCCGGACUGGCUCUUCUACCUCUUUGUCUGCUUCGGCUUCUUCUCGAAGGUCACGCCCAUACGAACCCGUGUCCAUGUAUCCUUUACCUACUCCGCUGCUCAGUUCUACUAAGCCUUUAGUUUCACGAUAUCCGCCUACUUCUGCUUCUUCGACGCCUGCCGCUCCUUCCAGUGCCCCUGCUACCGCUACUUCUGUCAAUAAGAAGCCGUCGAAGUGGAAAUUGAGCUUUGGGAAGGCUAGCGCUGCUGCCCUUGUUCCCGGAGGAGCGCUGCAUGAUGAUGCCUCUUCCAUGCUGUCUACGGAUUCCAAUUCGCCCAUGUCAGGCACUGCGAGCAACGUAACGUCUUUAAUAAUGGCGUUGGAAGCUCCUGCGAUCAAUUCUGCCAGUAUCACUAAUCUGAACGACGAGGACGGCUUAUCUACCUUUAACCGUGGCAGGCGCGGUCGCGGAUCACCUCCUAGCUCUUUGUAUCAUGAUGCUCAUCAUAGCUCACGUUCUCCUAUGCCUCCCCGCAGUCCCAACCGUGAUCGCUGGGACGAUAGGCGCUCUGACCGUGCAAUAUCUCCAAAUAGUACUCGCAGUGGACGUCCACUUGCUUCUAGUGCCAGUUCCGUCGUGUCAAGCAAUUGGCGCAGCUCAAUGAGUACGAAUGCCAGCAUGUCUAGUUCAGCCUUCACACGGUACAGCAACUCCAGUAUCCGCAGUGUGUCUACUGCCGCCACUAGUGUCUCGUCGAACAGCUGGCGCACGAAUGGGAAAUAUGCAACUUCUUCGACGUCUUCUUAUCACGCUGCCCACCCAGGGCUUCCCAAGAAUGUCAAGAUAAUGGACGGAGUUCCUUGGGAGUUGAGCGAGCUCCCGCGUGGUCAACGUAUAGAUCCGGUAGGAGAGAUGUCAAAUGGUCCUCCUCGUAAGCAGCGUUCUCGAAAACCCAAAGAACUCUCCCUGGGUACUAUCAGUGAGCGUCCUCCCCAUUCGGCCAACAGCCAGAGAUCUCCCGGCUUCGUUGGGCGAGACGCUGGCGCUAGCUCAUCCGACUUAAAUUCGGCGUUGAGCACUAGUAGCAGUCAGGGUGACGGCGAUGGUCCGAAAAAGGUACAGAAAGGACAAAUCAACGCCCUAGCGAAGAUGCUGUCCGCUUUGAGACGGUAA